AUGUCCAACCCCAACAUAUCCCUCGUCUCAGCUUCGACCCAGACUCAUCUUCAUCAGCUGCCUCUUAUCGCCAAGUUCCUUUCCUGGUCUACUUUUAUCGGUUUCGUAGCAUGUGUGUGGUUCGUUGUGUUCGUUUGCUGGCCUGGGAAUGAGGCGUCAGCUGGACAAGAUGAUGAAGAAAACGAGGAGGAAGACGCUUACGAACCUGGUGGAACUCCAACAGACAUCUUCAUAGGGCAGUAUGGAGGCAUGCACAUCAAUGUGGCGCAGGGCGGAACGUUGCAUGUCAAUGUGUACGGGGAGGCGGGAGUGCUGGGGGGAGAACGAGAAGAUUAG